AUGAGCAUGAAUACUAACCAACCAAACACCAAAGAGUCAAAGGAUGAGAUUUUGAGAAAACGACGAGAGCAAUUAGCAGCAUGGAGGGCUAAGAAACAACAAGAAAGCAAACAGCUGUCGCUGCUGUUGUCAGAAACACCGCCAUCAACGCCGUCAGAAAGAAGCAACACUUCUGAAGCGGAGAAGAAGCAACGACAACAAAGACUCGAACAGUGGAAAAAGUCACGGUCACAAAAGGUUACCAGUCCACCCAUAGACGUAUCUCUGAAAACUCCAUCGGGUACCACAAUUAAAGUUUUGAAAAAGCCACUUGCCCCGAUCCAAAAGGCUAAACCCCAACUCAAGAGGAAAAUUGAUGAAUUUGACUUUGAUACAGACGAUAACCAGCAAAAGAGGUUGAAAUUUGUAUCACCUGCUUCCUCCUUUGGUGUGCCAAAUGAUGCUGCCCAAUUUAACCCUGAGGCUGAUGUUGAUGGUAAUGAUGACGACGAAUUAGAUGCGUUCAUGAAAUCAAUCAACUCAAACGAAAGCAAAGGUACGACGACGAAUGGAGCAACGCCGGAAGUUCAAUUAAAUUCAGAUGACGAGGAUGAUGACGAUGACAACGACGACGAAAGCAUAGACGAGGAAGUAGAUUUGCAAAAAUUGAUUGACUCCAAAUUGGCCAAGUUGAACAACACCACAAAAGAGCUACAGGAUAUAGACCAUUCUCAAGUAGCUUACCGGCCAUUCAAAAAGAAUUUUUACAAAACCCCCUUUGAAUUGUUGUCAAUGUCCGAGGAUGAAAUGAGUUUGCUAAGAUUGGACCUUGAUGAUAUCAGAGUCAGAGGAAAGGAUAUACCGCCACCGUUCACAAAGUGGUCUCAAUUACUUUUACCAGAAAACAUAAUAUCUGUCGUCAAUGAUCAACUACGUUUUGACAAACCGUCUCCUGUGCAAGCGCAGGCCAUACCCAUAAUAUUGUCUGGUCGUGAUAUGAUUGGAGUUGCCAAGACAGGUUCAGGAAAAACUCUCUCGUAUGUUCUUCCAAUGAUGAGACAUAUUCAAGAACAGCCAUUACUGGCCAGUGGAGAUGGUCCAGUUGCUAUUGUUUUAAGUCCCACUAGAGAAUUGGCUUUACAAAUUGAACAAGAAGUUUUAAAUUUUACUAAAAACAGCGACAAACGAGUGACUUGUUGUUACGGUGGAUCCAAGAUUGAGAAUCAAAUCAGCGAUUUGAAAAGGGGGGUUGAUGUCAUUGUGGCCACGCCUGGAAGAAUGAUUGAUUUGUUAGCUGCAAAUGGCGGCCGUGUAACCUCGAUGAGACGUACAACGUUUGUAGUGUUGGAUGAAGCUGACAGGAUGUUUGAUUUGGGAUUUGAGCCCCAGAUUAGAAAAAUUUUGUCACAAGUGCGUCCUGAUCGACAAACUGUACUAUUUUCAGCGACAUUCCCCAGAAAAUUGGAAAUAUUGGCAAAGCAAGUCUUGUCAGAGCCCGUGGAGAUCAUUGUGGGUGGCGUGGGUGUGGUUGCCAAGGAAAUUGAACAGAAGAUUGUACUAUUGAGUGAAGAAGAAGAAGAUUUCUUUCAACAAAGGGUGACGUUGCUACGUGAUUCUGUUCAAGAGCAUUUACAAGCUCACGAAAAUAGCAAAAUACUCAUAUUUGUUGAGAAGCAAGUUGAUGCGGACAAGCUACUUUCCAAUUUGCUAGGUUUUGGUUUACCUUGUGUGGCGAUCCAUGCCGGUAAAGAACAAAUUGAUCGAAAAUAUGCUAUAAAGGAGUUUUCUUCCAGUGACAGUGGAGUUGAUAUCCUCAUAGCCACAUCUAUUGCAGCACGUGGUCUUGAUGUCAAGAAUCUAGGGUUGGUGGUGAACUUUGAUGCUCCUGGCCAUCUCGAAGAUUACGUUCACCGAGUUGGUCGCACUGGUAGAGCUGGCGCUGAUGGGGUUGCAAUCACAUUUGUAUCCAAGAAACAGGAAAGAGAGAUAAAUGUGUUGGUUAAAGCGUUGAAAUUGAGCACAAACGAAGUUGAUCCCGAUUUGCAAGCGAUUGCCGAUUCAUUUAAUCAAAAGGUCAGAUCGGGUGGUGCUAAAGUAGGGUUUGGCUUUGGUGGUAAAGGCUUGGACAAUUUGCAAGAGGUACGCGAUAACAAAUUGAAGAUGGAGAAGAAGAUGUAUGGAGAAGAGGCAGACGACAAUGCGAAUGAGCAAGCAAAAGAAAAUGGAGCCCGGCCAAGAAGUAAAGACAACACGCCAUCCGCGAUGUUGACCCUCCCUUCAUUUGAAGUUAUUGAAGGGAACUCUCCCGAAACUGCCGGUCCAGACAAGUGUAAAUUUUUCUGCCGUAUUACCAUCAAUGACUUGCCGCAAAAGGUUAGAUGGGACAUCGUACAACGUGAACACUUGUCCAAGAUUAUUGAAGGUAGUAGAACAUCAAUCACAACUAAAGGGCAAUAUUAUCCACCAACGCAUAAGUUCAACCGUGAUAAAGAUACCGAGCCCAAGCUUUAUCUUUUGGUUGAAGGGUUGACCAGGAAAUCCAUCGAAGAUGCGAUAUCACUAAUCAAGGAAAAAAUGUUCCAGAGUAUUGAUUCGAUGGCUGCUGAUGAUCGCAAUGGUACAUCUGGUAGGUAUACUGUGUAG